CUGGCGAAAAUAAUUUUAAGGACACCAUACCGUAUUUGUAAUCAUGGCUUUGACGAAAAGAAAACGUGGACGAUCUCAGAAGAAAACGGAAGAGAAAAUAACACAAAACAGGCGAUCUGUGGGUUCAGAAAAAGUGCAGGAGAAUAUUUCAACAUCAUCAAUUUCCAAGAAUCCUGAUAAUGAAAAGGGUUUAGAAACUGGAGAGAGUGCAGACGAGUUUGUUCACAGCUCGGACGCAGCAGCAGCGGGGAGCAGCGGAACAAUGGCUGUGUUAGUACCCGAAACUUCGGGGGAGCAGAAUGUUGGACCGGCGGCGGCGGUGGAAGAAUUGAGCGAUGAUUCUGACACAUCAUCAAAUGACUCUUUCCCUCAGUUUGUCAUCGACUCCAAGCCAGAUCUUCGAUUGAAUAUGAAGGAAAGUGACUUAGAAAAUGAUAAUGAUGACUCAGAUCCGGGAUUCACAUUUGUGAUAGAUAAAAUUGGAAGCUCAUCAAAAUUUAGUCACGAACACCGGCGAAUUGAUGAGCCAACAAAUGAAUCUGAGUUAGAGAAUCUGGAAGAUGGUGAAAAUUCAUCCUUAAAAAUGGGCUCAAUAAAGAAAAGUGAUGAACAAGAAUCAAGAAAGCAGAAAAACUCACAAGAAAAGAAAAGCUUACCAUCAUUAGAUGCCCCCUGUGAGAUUGAUGUUGGAAUGGAUCUUGGAGACUGUUAUAUCAACCUUGAUGGAGAGGAUGCUAUGUCAAGCAAGACGGCUGUUGAGAAUAUACUUCUUAAGAGUCGGAAAGAUGAGCUGAUAAAGAAGAGUGUGUUGACUCCAGAUUUUGAGAAGAAGCACAGUAUACCGCCAUACAAGGUUGGGAUCAGACAGCUUAAGAAACAGAGAAAGAAAGAGCGAGAGUCAACCAAAGGAGAUGGAUGGUUUGAUAUGAAAGCUCCGGAGAUGACCGAGGAGCUCCGCAACGACCUCAAGGUUAUUAAGAUGAGAUCGAUCCUUGAUCCCAAGAGGUUCUACAAAGGCAAUGAUAUGCCAGCCAUUCCUAAAUUUGUCCAGGUUGGUACAGUAGUUGACAGCCCUGUUGACUUUUACCAUUCUCGUGUGCCAAAGAAACAAAGGAAACAAACUCUGGUGGAUGAAUUACUUGCUGAUUCAGACACAAGAAGAUACAACAAGAGGAAAUAUAUAGAGCUACAAGAGAAGAUUAACUCCAUCCCUAAAGGUCAAAAGAAGCACAAGUUUGGCAAGAAGAAGGAUGACAAGAAGAGAUAACAUACUUUGAAGAGCUUCAGUAUAUGUAGAAAGUCCUAUUUAAAGAUGGGUGAUUGAAUGAAGGGUUUAAAGGAAGAGUUGAGUUCUGGGGGAAAGUGAAAAGUAAUUUGUAAGCUUUCACAAUGAAUAUUUAAACCAAAAAUUAGCCUUCUAGGAGCUUUAUGUUGAGAAUUAGUACAAUAGGUAUGAUUUAUGCAUAUAAUAGCAUAAUUAAUUCAUAAAUAAAAUCUGAUUAUUUUUUAGAAAAUUAAUCAUACAACCUUGUAGAUAACAUCACAUACGAUUAUUAUUCUGUUUUUUUUUUCAUCACUGGCAUGAUUGGCGGCCAAAAUCUCAAGGGGGGGUUAAGUAAGUGACUUGUGUACAUCAUACAUGUAGCACUAUCUUUUUGUGGAUUUACAUUCAUAAACAGUAAUUUGGCUUUAUUUUGAAUUUUCCAGAAUAAAUAAACUAAAAUGGCGUUAUAAAGAAAUUUUAACAACAAACACACAAGUGUGCAUAUUGUAAUUCUUUACCGUAAAGACACAAAGGUCAUAGUGCAAAUAAAAAUCAUGGGCUUCUAUCAGUCUAAUUUUUGCAAGAUAUGAUAAAGUUGUACAGAAAUAUAAUGGAGCAAUUAUAAGUACUAUGUGUAUUACUGUCCUUUAAAGGACAAGUCCACCCCAACGAAAAGUUAUUUGAAUAAACAGAGAAAAAUCCAACGAGCAUAACACUGAAAAUUUCAUCAAAAUCAGAUGUAAAAUAAGAAAGUUAUGAUAUUUUAAAGUUUCGCUUAACAGUUCUAUGCACAUCUGGUCGGUAUGCAAAUGAGGGGACUGAUGACAUCAUUCACUCACUAUAUCUUUUGUAUUUCAUUAUUUGAAAUAUGAUUUAUUCUCAUUUUCUCAUUGUCCUUGAAACAAAGUUUCAUUCCUCCCUGAAAACAUGGAAUUAUCAUCGCCUUAACAUUUUAUGGUUCAGUCAAGUUGGUCCUUAUUGUCAAAUCUGUAAAAAUUGAAAUAUUCUUUAUUUCAAACAAUAAAAAACAAAAGAAAUAGUGAGUGAGGGACAUCAUCGACUCUCUCAUUGGCAUGUCAUUGAGUUGUGCAUAUAACUGUUUGGUGAAAAAUAAGCGAAACUUUAAAAUGUCAUAACUUCCUUAUUUUACAUCCGAUUUUGAUGAAAUUUUCAGCAUUAUGCUAGUUUGAUUUUUCUCUAUUUAUUUAAAUCAACAUUUUUCUGAGGUGGACUUGACCUUUAAUGUUAUUUGUGUUUCUUUGUCCUUUGAAAAUAAGAAAACCAAAUUAUAGCACCAAAUGUCACUUGUCUUGAAAUUUAAAGAGUGAAUUUAGGAAUUAUAUCAAAGUAUGUGAGCAACUAGACCAGUAGAAUAUCAAUGAUGGUAACCAUGGUAAUAGUGUUUAUUAUCCAAUCUUUAUCACUGUGAUUGCCAUUGAAUGACAACUUGUCAAUCUUAAAGAAGAAUGAAACCCUGGGAACAAAGUUUCAACAAACAAGCUUGUAUGAAAGCAUAAAAAAACAAUGCAAUGAAAAUUUGAGAAAAAAAUAAACAAAUAAUAAGAAAAUUUUGAGUAAUUGAAUGUUGAGAUCACUUGUACAAUGCCUACCUAGCUUGUUGUACACAAGCGAAUGAGAGGCUGAAUGUCUAUCAAACGUACUGUUGCACACGUACCAUCCAAAAUGUACUGUCCAUAAUGUACCGUUGCACGGUCAGGAACAAGGUGACGUCCAAAAUUAGGAUUUAAUUCAUUGUGCUUAGACAAAUGCAGGUGUAAUUUAAGCAUAGUGCUUACUGUUUAAACGUGCAUUGCUGCUGCAGAUCAGAUGCACGCUUGAGAGAUUACCGAUAUGCUAUUCGCUUAUCUUAUUUUCAUUAUUCGUAUUUUGGCUGACUUCCGAGGCAUUGUACAACACGAAUACAAAUAUUCUUAGUGGUGCAACAUUUAGCAUUCGGUGAAAGAGACUCUCCAUUCAACUCUGCUAUGCCUUGUUGAAUAGAGCAUCUUUCUCCCCCCCCCCCCCAUGCGAAAUCUCGCACCAUCACACUUGUGCCUAUUUGCUAUUUGUAUAGUAUGUGGACAUCCUCCCCGUUGGCAAUGUGACCAAUGUGUGUGAUGUCACAUUUGUACAACUCCCUAAUUACUUUUCUACAUAUUUCACUUAAAUUGUCGCUUUUACAAGCCAUAGAUUAGGAUCCCAUUUGAUAAAGACUUGUUAUAAUAACAAAUGUACAAUUUCUAUAACGAAUUUACCAUCUGUCAAUUAGAAUGAAGGAUUUUAGUAGCUUUUAACUGUAUUAUAAAACGGACCCCUGGUGUUUUGGUUUCAUGGAAAGACAUGGAACUUAGGUUUCGUAAAAUAUGCCAUGGACAAAAUAUCAUUGGAAUAAGCAUAAAUAGAUGUUUUGGGGUAUAUUUUCUGAGUAGGAAAGGGAGAGUUUUAAUUUUGUGACAACACCAAUCUUGGUCACAUUGCUAAUGGGAGGAUCUUAAUAGCAUUGGUGAUUUUGAUGUUCAUAAUUUUCUUAUUGUUCGUCCUGUUGUUAACAAACUUUUUGUUGAUCAUAUGCAUUUGAUUUUCUGUUUCUGUACAAGCCAACUUGUGCCGAGGGUUUUAUUUCAUAAUGAAAAAGAAGCUGGAAAUGCAGUUAGUCACAAAAUACUACACAGGCAAAAUAUUGAGCAUUUUAUAUCAUAUAUAUUAUAAAGAUACAUUUCAUUUACUUGAUGAACAAAUUAAAGACAAAUUCAAUAAUAAAAAUAUGUUGCAUACUGCUUUUACCACAAGUGGUAUUCCUGCUUAUGCUAUGAAUUCAUCCUAUUUUUUAAAAUUCAAUGAUAAAACAUUUGCAUUGUACACAUUUAUAAUAAUGAUAAUGAGUACUCAGAAUUAUACUUUAAAUGUGCAUUCUGAUUGCAAAAAGUCCAAAUAAAAUGAAAAUCCAUCCUAA